AUGUCUUUAGAAGAAUUUGACGAAUUUAAAUAUGACCAUUCAACAAAACGUCUUGAUACCCCAUCAAGAUAUCUGCUGCGUAAGGCAAGAAGAAACCCCAAUGGAUUACAAGAACUGCGUGAGUCGAUGAAAUCUUCCACCAUUUAUGUAGGUAAUUUAUCAUUUUACACAUCAGAAGAACAAAUUUACGAAUUAUUCAGCAAAUGUGGUACAGUAAAAAGAAUAAUCAUGGGUUUAGAUCGUUUCAAGUUCACACCAUGCGGGUUUUGUUUUAUUAUAUAUAGUUGUCCCGAUGAAGCACUGAAUGCGGUGAAAUACUUGUCAGAUACAAAAUUAGACGAAAAGACGAUUACCAUUGAUUUGGAUCCUGGAUUUGAAGAUGGCAGACAGUUUGGUCGUGGUAAGAGCGGUGGCCAAGUCAGUGAUGAGUUAAGGUUUGAUUUCGAUGCCUCCAGAGGUGGGUUUGCCAUUCCGUUUGCAGAGCGUGUCGGUGUACCCAAUUCUAGAUUCGACAAUAAUAGCAAUUCUCAAUCAACCACCAAUGAUUAUAUUCCCCCCCCUGAUGCAAUGGGUACUUUCAGACCAGGUUUCGAUGAAGAAAGAGAAGAUGAUAACUAUAUCCCCCAAUAA